CAGCUUUUGGCUUUUCUACUUCUGUCAACUUGUUAUUUGUACUCUGACUCCAAAGACAAUUGGAGAAACUUGGGAGCAUAACACAAGAUUUUAUUUUAACCAAUUGAUCUGUCCACUGCUAUGGACUGAUUUUUGCACAAAGUAAUAGCAGGUUGGGCUGAUGCCAUGGUUCUCUGAUUUUCUUUUUCUUUCUUUCUUUCCUUCUUUUUCUUUCUUUUCUUUCUGUCUUUCUUUCUUCCUUUCUUUCUUUCUUCCUUUUUCUUAAGUUUGAUUAUUCUGAUUACUAAAUGCCUUGCAAUUUGACAAAGAACAGAAGUUACGAGCUUGUACUAGGAAUAGGUUAGCCAGGUUCAAGGGUCUCAAAACAUUUAGAAAGAUUGUUUUUAAGAAAGAAAUUUAAAAAAAGUCUUAUAGAGAGAUCAGUGACACAUCAUAAACAAGUUUGCAAUGCUGUCUACUAGUAUAAAUGACUGUACGUUGAUCUGCCAGACUCAUUGCCCAGCUGUUUUUGUGAUCCAGGGCACAUAUUUGUGAGACAGCUGCUCUGAACUAGGGAAGGUCAAGCAAAAACCACUGCCUGUCUAGAGAUGGCUGUCCUGAUGUCAGUCUCAUUAGUUCCUGAGUUCUUGCCAAGUAAGUUAGUAAGAACUAGCAUAGAUCUGGAGGUCAAAGUUUAGCAGAAAGAGCCCCCACAGCAGUGUGCAAAGAGCUCUUUUUCUGUUCUACUCUUUUUUUCUCUACUGGUCACCUAGUUGGUGUGUAGCGUGUGUGUGUGUGUGUGUGUGUGUGUGUGUUUCCAAAAAUAGUACUUGAAGGAUAGGAAAUUAAAUGACUGUGGGAAAAAGCAACAUUUUGGGUUCUCAGCAUUUUAGUCAGCUGCUUUCUUACUUUUCCAGACUGUGACUAUUCUUUGAAGCUAUUAAAAUCUAUUCUUGGUAAUGAGAAAAGGGAGUGACUUGAUGGUUCUUUUCCAAUUGCUCUGUGUCUGACAAGAAAUACCUAAAUACUUUAAUUUGCCUUUUUAAAUUUCCCCUAGUGGUGGCAAAACAAUUCUACUCCUAUUUGUGGGGGAAAAAAAUCUCUGCUGUGAAUUUCAGUGCUGGGAACAUAGCAAGACAAAAAGCUACCUGGGCUAGCCUGUUUCUCCAGGAUGAAACAAAAGGAAUAUAGAUUUUAGCGGCUGCUUUAACAGUUUGCAGAUAAGAAGAAAAGACGCCUUCCUAGUGAGCAGCUGCCCAGCUCCUGCUCAGUUUUGCCUCGGGGUAGCACCUCCAGCCACAGAAAGCAAGCCGGUAAGUCUCUCCAGGUAGGACUUGCUGCAACCCAGCUGCUGGACUGAUCUGAAACGGGACUUUGCAUACUAUCCGAAGUAUGGUGAGUUGGUGCUGACUUCAAAGUUGCCUGGUGAAGGAAGAGAAGGUGGAUCGCAGAGACUAAGGGGAGAGGAAGAAGCCCUGCUCCUCUUCUCCCCACCAAGGCGCAAUGAGCAACAUCUGUCAGAGGCUCUGGGAGUACCUGGAACCCUAUCUCCCCUGUUUGUCCACGGAGGCAGACAAGUCAACUGUGAUUGAAAAUCCAGGGGCCCGUUGCUCUCCCCAGUCACAGAGGCAUGGCCACUACUUUGUGGCUUUGUUUGAUUACCAGGCUCGGACUGCUGAGGACUUGAGCUUCCGGGCAGGUGACAAACUUCAAGUUCUGGACACUUUGCAUGAGGGCUGGUGGUUUGCCAGACACUUGGAGAAAAGACGAGAUGGCUCUAGUCAGCAACUACAAGGCUAUAUUCCUUCUAACUACGUGGCUGAGGACAGGAGCCUACAGGCAGAGCCGUGGUUCUUUGGAGCAAUCGGAAGAUCAGAUGCAGAGAAACAACUAUUAUAUUCAGAAAACAAGACGGGUGCCUUUCUAAUCAGAGAAAGUGAAAGCCAAAAAGGAGAAUUCUCUCUUUCAGUUUUAGAUGGAGGAGUUGUAAAACACUACAGAAUUAAAAGACUGGAUGAAGGGGGCUUUUUUCUCACCCGGAGAAGAACCUUUUCAACACUGAACGAAUUUGUGAGCCACUACACCAAGACAAGUGACGGCCUGUGUGUCAAGCUGGGGAAACCAUGCUUAAAGAUCCAGGUCCCAGCUCCAUUUGAUUUGUCAUAUAAAACCGUGGACCAAUGGGAGAUAGACCGCAACUCCAUACAGCUUCUGAAGCGAUUGGGAGCUGGUCAGUUUGGCGAAGUAUGGGAAGGGCUGUGGAACAAUACCACUCCAGUAGCAGUGAAAACAUUAAAACCAGGUUCAAUGGAUCCAAAUGACUUCCUGAGGGAGGCACAGAUAAUGAAGAACCUAAGACAUCCAAGGCUUAUCCAGCUUUAUGCUGUUUGCACUUUAGAAGAUCCAAUUUAUAUUAUUACAGAGUUGAUGAGACAUGGAAGUCUGCAAGAAUAUCUCCAAAAUGACGCUGGAUCAAAAAUCCAUCUGACUCAACAGGUAGACAUGGCGGCACAGGUUGCCUCUGGAAUGGCCUAUCUGGAGUCUCGGAACUACAUUCACAGAGAUCUGGCUGCCAGAAAUGUCCUUGUUGGUGAACAUAAUAUCUACAAAGUAGCAGAUUUUGGACUUGCCAGAGUUUUUAAGGUAGAUAAUGAAGACAUCUAUGAAUCUAAACACGAAAUAAAGCUGCCGGUGAAGUGGACUGCGCCCGAAGCCAUUCGUAGUAAUAAAUUCAGCAUUAAGUCCGAUGUGUGGUCAUUUGGAAUCCUUCUUUAUGAAAUCAUUACUUAUGGCAAAAUGCCUUACAGUGGUAUGACAGGUGCCCAGGUAAUCCAGAUGUUGGUUCAAAACUAUAGACUUCCGCAACCAUCCAACUGUCCACAGCAAUUUUACAACAUCAUGUUGGAGUGCUGGAAUGCAGAGCCUAAGGAACGACCUACAUUUGAGACACUGCAUUGGAAAUUUGAAGACUAUUUUGAAACAGACUCUUCAUAUUCAGAUGCAAAUAACUGCAUAAGAUGAACACUUGAGAAGAAUAUCAAAUAAUAAAGUAGCAAAACAAAUUCAAAUAAUCCAUUCCAAAGUACAAUGUUAUCAACCAACUGCACAAUCAGUUUAUUCUGACAUAUUCAAGUGAUAGGAUAAAGUUGUCCAUGUGUUAUGAAAAAGAUUAUUUGUGCAUUUUAUUGAUUGGGCAACACUGCAGGACAGUCAAGGUGAUAUAUAAUUUCCUCACUGCCUGGUAAAAUUAAGCACACUAAACGAAGUUAUUUUUCUUUUUAAGAGAUACUUACAUUUCCAUUUAUUGUUUGAAAUGCCGAUCAAGAGAAUCAACAGAUGAUAGUCAAGUUUUACUCAGUGACUGUUGUAGCAUUUUCCUGUUUACUGAUUAGAGUGGUUAUUCAUUAUUCCUCAGAUUGCUGAAUCCCAUCAGGCUGUUAUUAUGAAGGAAUUUGAUUGCUUUGCUGCACAGCAGGACCUGUGCUUUGAGAUUUUUUUUUUUCUUUUAAAAUAUCCUGUAACUACAAUGAUGGUAAAGCCACAUUAAAUGACUCGAAUGUACUUGGAGUAAUUGCACAUUUGUUUCUAUGCAUAAAAAAAGAUGCAGCUGUUGAGAAAACGAAUUAAAAUCUUUUUCAUUUUGCAGAAGGAAAUGAUGGAAUUUUUCUAUACCUCAGUAUGUGUCAACUGAGAGUCAUAUACAUUAGUUUUAAUCUCCUAAUAUUGAGAAUCAGGUUGCAAAACGAUGAGUUAUUAUCUAUGGAAAUGUGAGAAAUGUCUAAUAGCCCAUAAAGUCUGAGAAAUAGGUAUCAAAAUAGUUUAGGAAAAUGAGAGGAGAACAGUAGGAUUGCUGUGGUCUAGACUUCUGGGUAAUUAAUAAAGAAAGAGAAGUACCCUUUGGCCUACAGAUCAGAGUUUUAUUUUUUUUUAUUUUGUACUUUUUAUUAUAGUUUAAGUUCUGGGGUGCAUGUGCAGAAUGUGCAGUUUUGUUACAUAGGUGUACAAGUGCCAUGGUGGUUUGCUGCACCCAUCAACUCGUCAUCUACAUUAGGUAUUUCUCCUAGUGCUGUUCCUCCCCUAGCCCUCCAUCCCCUGACAGGCCCCAGUGUGUGAUGUUCCCCUCCUUGUGUCCAUGUGUUCUCAUUGUUCAGCUCCCACUUAUGAGUGAGAACAUGCUGUGUUUGGUUUUUUGUUCUUGUGUUAGUUUGUUGAGAAUGAUGGUUUCCAGCUUUACCCAUGUCCCUGCAAAGGACAUGAACUCAUCCUUUUUUAUGGCUGCAUAGUAUUCCAUAGUGUAUAUGUGCCACAUUUUCUUUAUUGUCUGUCGUUGAUGGGCAUUUGGGUUGGUUCCAAGUCUUUGAUAUUGUGAAUAGUGCCACAAUAAACAUGCAUGUGCAUGUGUCUUUAUAGCAAAAUGAUUUAUAAUCCUUUAGGUAUAUACCCAGUAAUGGGAUCGCUGAGUCAAAUGGUAUUUCUAGUUCUAGAUCCUUGAGGAAUUGCUACACUGUCCUCCACAAUGGUUGAACCAAUUUAUACUCCCACCAACAGAGUAGAAGUGUGAAAGUGUUCCUAUUUCUCCACAUCCUCUUCAGCAUCCAAAACAGCAUCCUGUUGUUUCCUGAGUUUUUAAUGAUUGCCAUUCUAACUGGUGUGAGAUGGUAUCUCAUUGUGGUUUUGAUUUGGAUUUCUCUAAUGAUCAGAUGAUGAGCUUUUUUUCAUAUGUCUGUUGGCUGCAUACAUGUCUUCUUUUGAAAUGUGUCUGUUUAAAUCCUUUGCCCACUUUUUGAUGGGGUUGUUUGUUUUUUUCUUUUAAAUUUGUUUAUGUUCCUUGUAGAUUCUUGGUAUUAGCCCUUUGUCAGAUGGAUAGCUUGCAAAAAUUUUCUCCCAUUCUGUAGGUUGCCUGUUCACUCUGAUGAUAGUUUCUUUUGCUGUCUAGAAGCUCUUUAGUUUAAUUAGAUCCCAUUUAUCAAUUUUGGCUUUUGUUGCCAUUGGUUUUUGUGUUUUAGUCAUGAUGUCUUUUCCCAUGCUUAUGUUCUGAAUGGUGUUGCCUAGGUUUUCUUCUAGAGUUUUUAUGGUUUUACAUCUUACAUUUAAGUCUUUAAUCCAUCUUGAGUUAAUUUUUGUAUAACGUGUAAGGAAGGGAUCCAGUUUCAGUUUUCUGCAUAUGGCUAGCCAGUUUUCCCAACACCAUUUAUUAAAUAGGGAAUCCUUUCCCCAUUGGUUGUUUUUGUAAGGUUUGUCAAAGAUCAGAUGGUUGUAGAUGUGUGGCGUUAUUUCUGAGGCCUCUGUUCUGUUCUGUUGGUCUAGAUAUCUGUUUUGGUACCACUACCAUGCUGUUUUGUUUACUGUAGCCUUGUAGUACAGUUUGAAGUCAGGUAGCGUGAUGCCUACAACUUUGUUCUUUUUGCUUAGAAUUGUCUUGGCUAUGCGGGCUCUUUUUUGGUUCCAUAUGAAGUUUAAAGUAGUUUUUUCCAAUUCUGUAAAGAAAGUCAAUGGUAGUUUGAUGGGGAUAGCACUGAAUAUAUAAAUUGCCUUGGGCAAUAUGGCCAUUUUCACAAUAUUGAUUCUUCCUAUCCAUGAGCAUGGAAAGUUUUUCCAUUUAUUUGUGUCCUCUCUUAUUUCCUUCAGCAGUGGUUUGUAGUUCUCCUUGAAGAGGUCCUUUGCAUCCCUUGUAAGUUGUAAUCCUAGAUAUUUCAUUCUCUUUGUAGCAAUUGUGAAUGGGAGUUAACUCAUGAUUUGGCUCUCUGUUUGUUAUUGGUGUAUAGGAAUACAUGUGAUUUUUGCACAUUGAUUUUGUAUCCUGAGACUUUGCUGAAGUUGCUUAUCAGCUUAAGGAGAUUUUGGGUUGAGACGGUGGGGUUCCCUAUAUAUACAAUCAUAUCAUCUGCAAACAGAGACAAUUUUACUUCCUGUUUUCCUAUUUGAAUACCCUUUAUUUCUUUCUCUUGCCUGAUUGUCCUGGCCAGAACUUUCAAUACUAUUUUGAACAGGAGUGGUGAGAGGGGGCAUCCUUGUCUUGUGCCAGUUUUCAAAGGGAAUGCUUCCAGCUUUUACCCAUUCAGUAUGAUAUUGGCUGUGGUUUUGUCUUAAAUCUGUCAUAUUAUUUUGAGAUACAUUCCAUCAAUACCUAGUUUAUUGAGAGUUUUUAGUAUGAAGGGGUGUUGAAUUUUAUCAAAGGCCUUUUCUGCAUCUAUUGAUAUCAUCAUGUGGUUUUUGUCAUUGGUUCUGUUUAUGUGAUGGAUUGUGUUUAUUGAUUUGCAUAUGUUGAACCAGCCUUGCAUCCCAGGAUGAAGCCAACUUGAUUGUGGUAGAUAAGCUUUUUGAUGUGCUGCUGCAUUCGGUUUGCCAGUAUUUUAUUGAGGAUUUUUGCAUGGAUGUUCAUCGGGGA